AUGUCGGAUUUUAACCUCUGGGUUGAUGGAUGGGGCGCCGCAGCCGCAACGGAGACAUUGCUUGAUGCUAGGCUUCAGGCUCUGCCAGAAUCGGAUCAAAAGUGUCUACAGGAUAACCUCAACCAGCUCAAGGAUGCUCUUAGCCAAGGACUCUCCGUGGAGAGAAGCGAAAAAUCAAUGAGGAAUGUCGAUUUUCUCGUCUCGCAGUUGGCCAAGGACGCCGUGGCCAUCAGACGGAGAGAGGCACAACCACGGAUCGCGGCUAAAUCUCACGAGGGGAGCCAGUAUCCAAGCCCCCCAGAAGCAGGCGAUGAUCUCAAAUGUCCUUGUUGCUGCCAAUACCUGCCCGGGACUAUGGCUACGGACACCAAUGCAUGGAGACAACAUAUUUUGAAAGACAUCCAACCGUUUAUCUGCAUCGCCGAAGGAUGCCCGACUCCAGGGGUCCUGUACAGCACGCGAAGAGACUGGGAGCGCCAUGUGGAGAUGGACCAUCGCCCCAACCUAUGGCUCUGCCCCAUUUGCCGCGACAUGGGCACCGCAACCGAGAACGUGAAAACCUUGCUCACCCACAUAGGGGAUCAUCACGCAGACGCGAUUCCCCAGAAAGACGCCGUUCAUGUCAUCCAUGCGGGCGGGUUCACCUCGUACGGAAUCACGUCCUGUCCCCUCUGCACAGAGACUGGAUCCCUGGACAGCCCCGAUCUAAUCGAUCACGUCCUUCAACACACCCGUGACUUUGCCCUACAGGCACUUCCGUGGCCCAAGCAGACGCAGGAUCAUGCCCCAGCCCCAGGUUCUCGACCCGGCACAUAUAACAUGAGACUCCUGACGGAUCCAGACUACGUCCGGUCGUGGUUGAACGAGGUCACACUGGACCUCAGGACCUGGGACGAGGCUGCCGAGGAACCUGCGCAACAUUCCAGCAGCGCCUGGGACUACUUCGACCGGAAUCCGUAUUUUGCGGACGACUCGAGCAGUGGACCCUUUCCUGCGACCUUGUCCGAGCGCACCGGACACAUGUCGGGUGGCGAGGAGGCGAUUGACCACCAGGUUGAAGGCUCUUAG